AUGAGCAGCCCAUCACCAACCCUGCGGGUUCGGGUCAACCACAUUGACCACACUCUCGCGGCGCCUGGCCCCCUCGACAAUUCAACACUCCCUCGUGUACCGAUCAUCCGGAUAUACGGAGAAUCAUCGACUGGUCAGAAAGCAUGUGUCCAUGUCCAUCAAGCAUACCCGUAUUGCUUCGUGGAAUACCCCGGGAAGAUGAACCCGGACAGUGUGAAUCACUACAUCGCCAAACUCACUCAGUCGCUCAAUCACGCCAUUUCAAUCUCCAUGAAGCGCAACCCUCAUUCGCCGAAGUCGCAGUUCGUCCGCGCGAUCGUUCUCGCCAAGGGCGUACACUUCUACGGGUUUCAUGCCUCUUACUCUCCUUUCUUGAAAGUCCACAUCGCCGACUCUAACUUCAUGAAUCGCGCUGUCACUAUCCUGCAGUCUGGCACGGUAAUGAAGACGCGCUUUCGAGUCUACGAGAGCCACAUAAGCUUCGUCCUUCAAUUCAUGUGUGACUUUGGCCUCUACGGCUGUGGCUGGAUGGACCUCGGCGAAGUCUGGGAGCGGGGCGCUGAGGAUCCCGCCGACGAUCUAUACGAACUUGAUGACCGCAAUGAACGUGAUGAUCAUAACCGCAAGUCCGCAUUCAAAGCCUCGCCACACUUUCGCCAGUCACGGAUGCCGCUGGAAGUCGAUGUCGCCGCGCAUCAAAUCCUCAACCGACAUCGCCUCUCUGCUCGUAACAUUCACCAUCACCUAUCCAUACCAGGGCCCCCGCUUCCUUCCGAACCAUUUGUGCUCAGUGUGCGUGAACUUUGGGAAGACGAGCGCCAGCGCCGGAUUGCCAGGGGCUUGACGCCUUCUCCGGAAAUCCCUAAGGAUCCAAGCGAGAAUUCGCGGGGGAGAGGGGCCGCAUGGGUCGCCGAAGCUAGGUGGUGGGAUGAAAUCCGCAAACGUAUUGAACGAGAGCGGGGGAAAGAGAAGGUAUUGCACAGCGGACGGAGCUGGGAGAGAUGGGUAAUGACGACGUUCGAAAGCAUUGAAGCGUUGUGGGAAGAUAAGUGGAGAACCUGGAGGCCUGGACUGGCCGAAAUCGAUCCAUGCUCGGGCGUGCACGUCAACGUGCAGCACGAAGAAGCCGACGAAGUCAACCCGUAUGCCGCGUCUCAGAUGGACCGUAGAGCCUUGCCCCAAGUACCGCGAGAACCCACGACCGAGGUGGAGGUGGACGAAGAGAUGCUGUCCAGUCAAGUGAUGGCGGAUCUGGUGCGAGACGAAGACAACGAUUGGGAGAAGCUGCGUGACGGGUAUGCGGAGCAUGAUGAAGAUGUGCCAGAUGAGGAUGAAGCAGCGGAAAAUGGACCACCCCCUGAAGAUCAGCUCGCAUAUGAACGGGUGGGCAGCAACAGUCCUCAGAGAUGUUCACCGUCAAGACAUGGAAAUCGGUUUGAACAAGUAUGGCAGAAGAUCAUUGGGUACGCUCUAGUCCAUGACAUGAAGACAGACAUGACUUACCAACCGAACAUAUCUAUUGCCUUUCGGGAAGUAGAUCCCGAGAACCCGUUCGUUGUCAGCGAAGAUACGAGCCGUUCAAACGACAACAUCGGGACCGCCCAUGCGAAGAGGACACACACACAGACCUCGGAAAAUUCCGCUGAGAUGACUCCUCGGCCUUCAAAGAAACGGAGGGUGGAUGCGAACUCCGAUCAAGUAUUCAGUCUGUCAAACGGGUCGCUCCCUUCCGGCAUUUCAUCCCUGGGUAAGUUAUCGGCCAUGACGACUACAUCGUCAAAGUCUACAGCAUCCUCGGCCUCGGUCUCGGCCGCUAAAGGCUAUCGCUAUGCACUCCCACCGCCCUCAGCUGCGGAACUACUGUCCAGUGUCGAUUCAUACGGCAUUCCCAGUAAGAUGUACACGAGUCCGCAUUACUCGAGGGCGAGUGACGCGCCGGAAAGGCCGCGAGAAUAUGCUGGCCUUGUCUUCCAUUUGAAAGGCGGGUUAGGUUUGGAUACGCUGGACGAGUGGGUCAGCCACACCCCUGAUACUGUCCAGCGUGAAAGUGGCGGCAAAAGGAACCUUGAUGCGGUGGGUGUGACAGGCUGGGAAUACGCGAGCACACCCCCUAGUGCGAGAGAAACCCGUCGAUGGCUAGAGUCUCCACAAGGCCGUAACUUGAAAGCACUCAAGCAGGCUCGUCCUAAGCUACCUUCUCAGAUUGAGGGACCUACGCAAGCCAAUCCUUACGGCAUCAAGACCACGCCAUUAAAGUCGUCAAAGCCAAGCACACGCGAAAGGCAGAACAUGAGCAUUUUCUCGCUAGAGGUUUUUGCACCUUCUACAGGUGAUAGAGUACCUGAUCCCGAUCUGGAUGAAGUCGCGGUCGUGUUCUUCUCAUACCAAGACUCCGCGGAGUUCCCCUCAGGAGAGAACGGAACCUUCUCGUGCCAGCAUGGCAUGAUAGUGGUGGAGAACGAUCAGGUCAACGCUCGAAGGCUACGCGAUCUGCAACCUGAGUUCGAGAUGGUCAACAGUGAACUGGACCUUCUCAACCGUCUAAUCGAUAUGGUCGUCGACGUCAAUCCCGAUAUUCUCUCAGGAUGGGAAGUACAGGCUGCAUCGUGGGGGUAUCUUAGUGCACGCGCAAACGUGUACGGAUAUGACCUCGGUGAACAGAUUUCUCGCGCACCUGGAAGACAUAUCGGAGGUGGCUCCGAUCAAUGGGGCAUGAGGACAACGUCGACAUUCAAGGUGGUCGGUCGACAUGUCCUCAACCUGUGGCGCAUAAUGCGCUCAGAGCAGAGUCUUACAAGUUAUACAUUUGAGAACAUAGUCUUCCAUGUGUUGCGGCGGAGGACACCUCGCUAUUCUUUUGGGACACUCGCUGAAUGGUACUACAGUAAAACACCGCGGCAUACAGCAAAUGUACUGUACUAUUUUGCCUCUCGCACGUCCAUGGUCCUGGAGAUUCUGGAUGCUGCGGAGGUUGUCACCAAGAAUGCGGAGUUUGCUCGCGUGUUCGGGGUGGAUUUCUUUUCCGUCCUUAGUCGUGGUUCACAAUUCAAGGUCGAAUCAUUCAUGUUCCGUAUCGCCAAACCGGAGAGCUUUGUAUUAUUGUCCCCCAGCAAACAAGAUGUCGGCAAGCAAAAUGCUGCCGAAUGUAUGCCCCUUAUCAUGGAACCUCUAUCCGCAUUUUAUACCAGCCCACUUGUAGUGUUAGACUUCCAAUCACUGUAUCCCUCCAUCAUGAUCGCGUACAACUAUUGUUAUUCCACUUGUUUAGGUCGUGUUACGGACUUUAAAGGACAGUACAAGUUUGGCGUUACGGACCUGCGGCAGCCAGCUGGAAUACUGGCUACCCUGGAAGAUCAUAUCAACGUUGCCCCUAACGGGAUCAUGUAUGUCAAGCAGGACGUGCGGAAGGGUCUGCUGGGCAGGAUGUUGACGGAGCUAUUGGACACGAGAGUAAUGAUCAAGCAAGCCAUGAAGGGAGUCAAGGACGAUAAGGCCCUUCGACGUGUGCUGGACGCCCGGCAGCUCGGUCUCAAGUACAUCGCGAACGUGACGUACGGCUAUACGAGCGCGACGUACUCGGGCCGCAUGCCUGCAGUCGAGAUCGCCGACAGCAUCGUCCAGAGUGGCCGCGAGACACUCGAGAAGGCCAUCCGGGUCAUCAAUUCAACGAAGAAAUGGGGCGCCCGGGUCGUGUACGGCGACACGGACUCGGUGUUUGUUUACCUUCCGGGCAAGACCAAGGACCAGGCGUUCCGGAUCGGGUACGACAUGGCGGAGACGAUCACCGCGAUGAACCCCGCACCGGUGAAGCUCAAGUUCGAGAAGGUCUAUCUGCCGUGUGUCCUGAUGGCGAAGAAGCGUUACGUCGGCUUCAAAUUCGAGAGCCCUGACGAGACGGAGCCUGGCUUCGACGCCAAGGGCAUAGAGACUGUUCGAAGGGACGGGAUACCGGCGCAACAGAAGAUGACGGAGACCUGUCUGAAGAUCCUGUUCCGCACUCAAGACCUGAGCAAGGUCAAGGAGUAUUGCUGUCGGACAUGGGCAAAGAUCCUCGAGAACAAGGUCUCCAUCCAAGACUUCAUCUUUGCCAAGGAGGUCAGGAUGGGCACGUACAGCGACAAGGUCCCGCCGCCUCCAGGCGUCACCGUGGCCGCUCGGCUAUGGGACCGCAUCCCAUACGUCAUCGCCCGGGGGCACCCUGACAGCCGACUCGUCGACCGCGCAGUCUCGCCCGAAGAGCUCUCAACAACCCGUAAGCACCUCCCGCGCUCCCAGAAGCAUCUAGACGCGGCGUACUACAUCUCGCGCGUGCUCAUCCCGCCGCUCGAGCGGAUCUUCAACCUCGUCGGCGCGGACGUGCGCAGCUGGUACGACGAGAUGCCCAAGGCGCUGCGCACGGACCAGCCCGAGGCGGUCCUCAUGUCGCCGCGCAAGGCGAAGAGGCAGGCAAAUGCCGCCGCGGCGAACCCGUUCAAGAUCGACCAGCAUUUCCUGACGUCGCGGUGCUUGGUGUGCAAAGCGCUCGCACCUGGGGGGCUCUGCGAUUCGUGCCGCGCGCACCCACAGGAGACGAUCAGCGGGCUUCUCUCGCGCUUGCACGUUGCGGAGGACAAGCUUCGGAACGUGCAGACGAUCUGCUCGUCGUGUUGCAGCAUCCCGGCCGCGGAGCCGGUCAAGUGCGAGUCGCUGGACUGUCCGUGGCUUUAUGAGCGGAACAAGGUCGAGAACAAGGUCGAGGCGCUGGACGUUGUGGCAGAGUUGAUCGCGGAGCUGCAGGAUACGGAAGACACGCGCGAAGAGACGGUCGUGGACGAUAGCCCUGGUUGA